ACUAUCAACAGGAUCUUGAAGCAGAAUCAUCGACUUCUUUAAGAAAAAAAAGAAACACACUCAUUUACUGACAAUGAAGCUGUUAAAGAAGCAAGCAUCUUUAUUCAUUUUGUCAUUGGUAUGGUACGACAUUCUUGCUAAGACCAUAUCAAGCACGGAGCAACCCUUAUUGAAAGAGCAGGCAUCGGCCGCUGAGCAAGCAUCAGCACCACAACAAGUCUGUUCUCCUUGCUUCCAGAUGGUGGCUUGUACCAAUGGUGUUCCUGGGGUACCUGGAAUUCAUGGCAAUAUGGGACCAAAAGGAGAGAGUGGAGUAGGCCUACCUGGUCCCCCAGGACCUCCCGGACCUCCAGGACCACCAGGACCACCAGGAGAACCUGGGCAUCAUGGAGAACAAGGAGAACAAGGACUGAAGGGGGAGCCUGGGGAGUUUGGGCCACAUGGGGAGAAAGGUGAACCUGGAAGGCAAGGAUAUCCAGGGAAGCUUGGACCUAAAGGAGAGACGGUAAACGGCGACAGAGGACUGCCAGGUGAACCUGGUCCACCUGGCAAUGCAGGAAGCAAAGGAGACCGUGGAUCUCUUGGACCUUCUGGACCAGCUGGAAGAACAGGAAGCACUGGACCAAGAGGAUUAAGAGGAUCAUAUGGACCAAGCGGGAUAAAAGGAUCUAAAGGACAAUCUGGGGCUCAAGGACCACAAGGGCUGAGGGGAGAAAAAGGAGGCGAAGCAACACACAGAUCCUCAAGCUGGGGAACUUUUGUGGGGUAACAGGAUCCAAAGGAUAAUCUUGGCACAAUGACCAUCACAGGCAGGGAAAUCCAGUUUGUGUUGUUGAUUUAUGUUUGUCCCAAGUGUGGGAAAAAUAUAUUGAUUUCAAUUCAAUGUAAACAUACUCAGUCACUGAAAAGGAUGUAUACUUUCCAAGUUUUUAAUUCCUAAUGGAGCUUUCAGGUAAUGCCGCAAUUAAAUUUAUCUGGCUCUAUUUUCAGCCAUGCAAAGCCAGAAGAGUAGGCCAAAUAGGCGCAACUGGUGUUUUCUGCAAAAGGCUGCAGCAAAUUUGAAUGCUGUCUGAGUGAAUUUUUUAAUUAGAUGGUAACCUGUUUUUAAUCGCAUGACCUGAAAGGAGAUUUGCUCACACAUUAAGUGGAGUUGAACAACUGUUUUCAGGGGCUUUCAAUUUUGUGGGGAAAUGAGUUCAGCAAGGAGUCAGCAAGGCCAUUCAGUAUUGUCAAUGUUACACAAUCGCUGGAUGCUUUUACUUGCUGCAAUCCGAAUAAGGGGCCAUUCAGAAUUGUCAAUGUUACACAAUCGCUGGAUGCUUUUACUUGCUGCAAUCCGAAUAAGGGGCCAUUCAGAAUUGUCAAUGUUACACAAUUUUCUUUUGAUCCCCGCACCCUGCCCCCUUUUAAAAAAAAUAUUGAAUGGCUUUUAUAAUAUAAUCUAGACUAAAGAACAAACUAAUGCCUCAAAAGAACCAAAAUGUUUAGAUAAAAGAACUCCAAUAUCAGUAGCUUCCAACAACGUUUCCUGGCUUAAACAAACAAUUUUUACUUUCAGGAAUGGAAUUGACGAUCUUCGCAAGCUGAGUAUUUUGUCUUCUUUUCAUUCAAUAUGUUUGGCCAAUGAUGCUGGGUUUCCCCAGUUGGAGUUUUCCUCUGAAUUUUGAUGAUUUUCAGCUAUUUACUCACCCACAAUUUAAAAAUGAUUCAAUAAUGCAACCCCCUCCUUAUCAACCAACUCAAACUAGAGAUAGAUAUCAAUAAACUAAGAUGACCCCUUUUUAUAAUAAACUUUGGCUGAAUACCGAGCUGGUGAACGGUGGAACCAAAAGUUUCAAAAAGAACUCACCACAGAAGUGUUAGUUUUGGGAGAAAAGUAAAAGUAGUAAUAACAAUAAAAAGUAGGGCAUUCAACAAUUAUUACUUAUCAAUGCUCUUUACAUUAGUGACCUGGUCAUUGGGCCAAUGGUCAUGUUCAGACAGCAGACAAAAGUUAGACCCAAACCGUUUUAACUUUUCAAGCAGCCUGGGGAAGUCGUCAAAAUAAAUAUACUUUGCAUUCUGACAUCUCAAAGUUAAACCUAAUUCAGCUUUUCUUUGGUUUUUAGAGGUCACACAAUCAUUGCUGUGGCGCUCCAAAGGCUUUUUCAGAACAAUAUCAACCUUCAAAGGUAUACAUUUAUAUAACCCUUGGUGGAGAGAAGCAUUUAUAGUUUUGUUGCUUUGUAAUGCCCCAUGUCCUUCCGUGUGUGGGUGGGUGUAUGGUGGGGUGUGUGUUGGUAUGGCAUACCCUCUGAGGACAUUUUUCAAUAGGGACAAUAGGUCCUCAUAUAACCCUUGAUGAAGAGAAAAAUUUAUUUGUUGUUUCAAUUUUCAGUUAUUUCCUUUGACCCACCCACAUUGACUUUUCUGAAUGGCCCGGUAGUGGUUAAAGACAUUAGACACCUUUGCUAAUUGUCAAAGACCAGUACACCCUUGUCACACGAAGUUGUGUGCUUUCAGAUGCUUGGUUUCGAGACCU